AACACUGCCACACUGCGGAGAUCUGGGAGAUUGUAGCAAUCCCAUCCUGCUCCGCGCUCGGCUCCAUACCCACCGACCGUCUGAUGCUUGCAACUGCUGGAAGCGGACAUGUUAGACCGGCCUAUCCGGAGAUAAACAUUGCUAAUAUCAGAGUGCUGGACGGUACAGGGCAAAGUCGUAGAGACGGGAGACAAUGGACGCUGUCAACGCUUUCAACCAGGAGUUGUUCUCCUUGAUGGACAUGAAGCCGCCGAUUUCCCGAGCGAAGAUGAUUUCGAUAACGAAGUCGGCCAUAAAAGCUAUUAAGUUGUAUAAGCACGUCGUCCAGAUUGUCGAGAAGUUCAUCAAAAAGUGCAAGCCAGAAUACAAAGUCCCGGGCCUGUACGUGGUGGACUCCAUCGUGCGCCAGUCCCGCCACCAGUUUGGGGCAGACAAGGACGUUUUCGGACCCAGGUUCACCAAAAACAUCACGGGCACGUUCGAGAACCUCUGCCUUUGUCCCACGGAAGACAGGAGCAAGAUCGUGCGGGUGCUGAACCUGUGGCAGAAGAACGGCGUGUUCAGGAUCGAGAUCAUCCAGCCGCUGCUGGACAUGGCGGCGGGUUCCAGCAGCUCCGCCGCCCCGCCCGACGCGGAGAACGACGUCCCGGACGCAGGCUCUCCCUCCACUCCAGUGAAGGCCGCAGAGACCCAGCCACCAGUCACCGCUAACUCCAUCGUGGCGGCCGUGCCCCAGCUGCAGAACUCGGACGCGUUCGCCGCCGUCGCUCAGCUCUUCCAGUCUUCCCAAGGCCAACAGCUCCAGCAGAUGCUGCAGACGUUCCAGCAGCCAGGCCGACCCCAGUCCCCCGCUGUGGAGAACAGCAUGAUGACCCAGCUGCAGCACCACGGCCCCGCCCCUGUCCCCGCCCCCGUCCCAGUCCCCGCCCCCCAGCACAACCCCCUCCUCCCUCAGCCCGUGGAACAGAAGGCGGCCUUCGACAAGGUGACAAAACUUCUCGACCGCUUCGACUACGACGACGAGCCGGAGGGAGCAGACGACGGGAAGAAGGACGACUCGACGGCCGCCCCUCCUCCUUUCGGGUUCCCGGACAGCGCCCAGCAACAGCAGCAGCAGCAGCAGCAGGGCUACCCCCAUAUGCCCGCCCAAAUGCCCGCCCACAUGCCCGCCCAGAUCCCCCACAUGGAGCACUUCCCUCCUCACAUGAUGGGCAUGACGCAAGACCCCGCCCACCAGGUCCCCCUCCCUCCGAACGGACAGCUCCAGGGCUACGGCAUGAUGCACGGUCAGCCCUUCCCUGGCAUGAUGCAGCCCAUGGGCCAGCAGCUCCUCCAGCCCGGCACAGCGCCCCCUGCCUUCCCGGGGGUCUACCCACCCCAGAGCGAGGCUUUCGCUCAACACAUGGCACAGCAGGCACAGGACGUGUCCAUGGAAGUCGAUCCGCCCCUGAACAAGGAUGGAAGGCAUCGGCCUGACGGGAGGAGGUCCAGGUCCAGGUCAGCCUCCAGAUCGCCGAAGAGGAGGCGGUCCCGGUCGAACUCGCGCUCGCGGAGGUCGCGGCACCGCCGGUCGCGCUCGCGGUCGAGGGACCGGCGGCGGCACUCCCCGCGCUCGCGGUCCCAGGAGAGGAGGGAGCGCGAGCGGGAGCGCGAGCGUCGGCAGAAGGGCCUGCCCAGCCUGAAGAACGAAACGCUCAGCGUGUGCAGCACGACGCUGUGGGUGGGCCAGCUGGACAAGCGGACGCAGCAGCAGGACGUAGCCUGUCUGCUGGAGGAGUUCGGCCAGAUCGAGUCCAUCAACAUGAUCCCCCCCAGAGGAUGUGCCUACAUCGUGAUGGUCCACCGACAAGACGCCUUCAGAGCCCUGCAGAAACUCAGCCGGGGCUCCUACAAAGUCAACCAGAAAGCCAUUAAGAUUGCCUGGGCCUUGAAUAAGGGCAUUAAGCCUGAGUACAAGCAGUAUUGGGACGUGGAGCUGGGGGUGACCUACAUCCCCUGGAGUAAGGUCAAAGUGGAGGACCUGGAGAGCUUCCGGCAGGGAGGCAUGCUGGACUCUGAAACGCUCUGCCCAGAGUGGAAGGACUCCCUGAUUGACUCAGAGAGGACAGACGAGGUGGCGCAGAAUGGCCGCUCGGACUCUGUACAGGCGGAGGAGACCCCGCCCGCUGCACCUGUACAGGUGCCCCCUGUCCAGCCCAUGGGGGCAGUGGGAACCCUUCAGCCCCCAGCUUUCCCCGCCCACAUGGGACUGCCCCCCCCGAACUUCCCCCCCGGGGUGCCCCCGCCCCCGCCACCCCCGUUCAUGCGCCCCGGCUUCAACCCUAUGCAGAUGCCCCCAGGUUUUAUGCCUCCGGGCCCCAUGCCCCCCCUGGGCUCCCCGGGACAUCCUCCUCCGGCCUCCUCAAUCAGUAUGCCUACCUCGGGAGCUCCGGGGAGCUCUGUGGAAGACCCCUCCAAGGACGCGUCGGGGGUGGGGUCCAGGAACAGCAGCGAGGCGGGGUCCAUGCCUCCGCAGAUGGGUAACCAGGUCCCAGGACCCCCAGGGAUGAACAUGCAGCCUCCUUCAGGGGGGCUUCUGGGGGCACGUCCGGGCAUGAUCCCCCUGCAGCGCCCCCCGGGGGUACCGCCCCCUCACAUGCCACGUUUCCCCCCACCUCGCCCCAACAUGCCGCCCAUGCCCCCUCCCAUGAUGCACCGGGGCCCGCCCCAAAUGCUGCACCGAGAGCCGCCCCCGGGCGGGUUUGGCAUGCCGCCGCCCCACCCCAUCCGGGGACCAUUCCCUCCCCACGGACCCCCGUUCAUGCGCCCCAGCGGGCCCCGGGGCCCCGAGGGGCCCGACGAGCGGGACGGGAGGCCCUUCCGAAACGAGCGGCCCGGGUUCGGGCGGGACAGGGAGCAGGAGCGGUUCGGUGGGGGAGGGGGUGCGCGGCGGCCCUUCGGAGGGGAGCGGCCCGAGGGCCGGGAGCGGGACAGGGAGCGCGAGCGUUUCGGGGGCCGGCCGGAGGAGGCGGAGCAGCGCGGCGGGUGGGAGCCGGCGAGGGAGCGGCGGGACUGGGGGCGGAGCCCCGAACGCGAGCGCGGGGGGCGGGACCCUGAGGACCGCGCCCGCCGCCCCGCCCCCGGGCACAGGGACAGAGAGCCGGGCAUGCGGGAGAGGAGCACGCGCUGGGACCGCGACGACCGUCUCCAUGCCGACGAGGGCGACGCCCCCGCCAGGCACCGCGCCGCCGAGCCCGCCGCCCCCGCCGCCCCCGAGCUUCCUCCCGCGGACUCCGCCAAAGACUCGGCCCCGCCCGAAACGCAGCCACCGGGCCACGAGCCCGAACCCACCGGCGCUCCCCGCCCUGAAGAGACACUGGAGCCGCCCGCAGCGGAGCCCGUAAAGACAGAACCAGCGGAGAAACCGCAGGAGGUUCAAUCAUGAGACGCAGCUGCGGUGCGCACGCGCUCAGUCUCGCUGUGCGCAUCGGGGAAGGGGGGGCGGGGACGGGGCGGGGUGGAUUAUACUGUAUUCGGAAAAAAGAAUUACGGAAAUAAACACUUCCGAAAGAUGUGGAACGCUGCUGCACCUCUCGAUCCGUGGCGUCCCGCCUUGCGGAACUUGAAUGUUGUAUUAAAAUAAAGCGAGAGAGAAAGAGACGAAGAGAGCCAAUCGCGCUGUAAAUAAGCUUUCGCCACUCAGCACCUAUUUGUAGUUUUUUUUGGGGGGGGGAGCGUUUUGUUCAGGCCCCUUUGUGUUGCAAAAAAAAUAAAACAAAGUAUAGAAACGGAUUGAAUCAAAUGCAAAACCGACAGCGAGGCCCUUUUUCUGUAACGUUUUUUAACUUUAAAUGUUUACGACUCAUAGGAUAUGAGAUGUUUCUAUAAUUUUUAAGUUAAAAAUAAAAAAGACAAAACAUGAAAAUUAAAUCUCCUCCAAUAUUUGAGCAUUAGGGAUUUUGUUUUUAAUAAACUAUUUUCGUACCAA